GUAAAUAUGCAAUGAGAGAUUUGAUCCAUCGGUUACCAGGCAGCAGCAGCAGCAACAAUAAUGCAACCAGCAGUGGGACCUCUGGAACCACAGGCCCUCCCAGCAAGGCCAUGUCAGAUGACACAGUGACUGCCAUCUGUUGCGCACUGCAUGAAGUCAUCACCAAAAACAUGGAAAACGCAAAAGCUCUACGUGAUGCCGGUGGCAUCGAAAAACUCAUUGGCAUUGCCCGCAGCAAAGGAGACAAACACUCAGCAAAGGUGGUAAAGGCAGCUUCUCAAGUCCUCAGCAGUAUGUGGCAGUACAGAGACCUGCGCUCUCUCUACAAGAAGGAUGGCUACUCCCAGUAUCACUUUGUGGGCUCUGCCUCAACAAUAGAAAGAGACCGGCAGAGGCCCUAUUCUUCCUCGCGAACUCCCUCGGUCUCUCCUGUCAGGACAUCUCCAAAUAACCGUUCUGCGAGCGCCCCAGCCUCCCCCAGAGAGAUGAUGAGUCUGAAGGAACGCAAGAUGGACUACGAUUCCACGGCAACCAACGCCGGUUUCCAUAGCAACAAAGGAGAGCACACAUCCCGGAAAGACGGCAUGGCAGUUCAAAUUUCCUGUGGGACAUCUACACUGUUCCGAAACUCUUACCUGACUGCCAGCGAUGAUAUCAAGCAAAACCAGGGUCCAGCCCAGCCCUGCGUCGUGCCCCCUCAGCCCCAGCUGGACAGUCCGUCAGCAGCCGUGCUAAAAGACUACGACCCCUACCCUCCCCCUCCCUCCUUCCCCCAGCCUCAGCCACCGCAGCCUCCACCUCACAGCCAGAGCCGGAGCUUUGACGAGGCCUACUACGAGGACCAAGGACCACCGCCACCUCCGCCACCCCAGCCACAGCCACCGAUCCAGGCUCAGGCCCAGCCUCAGGCCCCACCCCAGCAACCUCCAAUCUCCACCGGACCACCCAGGGACCCGCGGGAAGAUCUGCGCAUGCAUCUGGGCCUCAAAUCAACCGGCAACUACGUAGACUUCUACUCGGCCUCUCGGCCAUACAGCGAACUAAACUACGAGACCAGCCACUAUCCGGCCUCACCUGACUCCUGGGUCUAGUUAGACUACAGUGUUGGGGGGCAAGAAAGAGUCUGUGUGUGCUUGUGUGAAAGGGAUUAUUUUUGCAAGACAUCAGCAGUGAUUAUACGUGGUAUUUUGAAAGCGAUCUUGUAGCCAGUGGCAGGAAAUUUAUGUUCUCUAAAAUAAGUGGGAUAGCAGAGCUGGAUGGGGAUAGGAAGUAAAGUCAGGUCGAGCAACAAAGAGAGACUGCAUGUGCAUGUGAACUUUUUUUUCCAGACCAGUUUAUUUCUUUAAAGUCAGCUCCAUUUCACCAGUGAGUGGAGCUAGUGGAAGUAGAUAUGACAAAGUGUGUUUGACAGUUUGAACUAAGAGUAGGAAACAGAAUAUAAAAAGAGAGAAAAUGACCAGGCGGAUAGAGUAUGCAGAUGUCAAGAGAGAAGAAGAGGGCGCUAGGAUAAAGAAAUAAGCAGCAGUUGAGGGAGCGUUCUUACUCUGUAGGAGCAAAGAGCUGUCUGACCUAAGGAGGAGAUGAGAGACAAAGAUGGCAUGAGGGUUCUUGAAGAGGUCAGGAAGAAUAAAAGCACAGAAAAAGAUGAAAGCACAUCAGGCAACAAGCAAGAAGUGGAUGUUUACCAUUUCACCCAAGUGACAAACGUAGCACUGCUUUUAUCCCCCUUUUUUGUUGCAAUGGCCUUGCCGCCUCCAGAGGCUUCUGAAUUUGCGUUCAAGGAAUGUCAUCUUCAAGAGACUUCUUUUUUUGUCGUCAUUCUUUUACAUCUUUUUUAUUUGUACUUUUCUAAAUUUUCACUUUCAGCAAAACAAAAAGAAACUUUUUAUUUUCUGUGUACAGUAAAAGGUGAUAUAGUGUGUAUAUUACACGUUUUUGAUGGGCCACUUAUACAAACAUAAUUUAUUUUCCAUGACUGACUGCUGACUGAAACAUCAAAAGCAACAAAAAAUAAGCGAAAUGUGAACACGAGAAUCAGACCUGACAGACAUCAUCAGGAUGGGUGUCAGCAGACACUUUUGUUUUGGCCCCCCUUUCCUUUCCCAGGAAGAGAGGAAGCACUGCGAUAUUUGUGUUUUUCUCUCUCCGUCGAGUGAAUUUUGUCAUGGACACAGUAAAGAGCAGUUCAAAGCUGCCAAAGCAUCAGUUUGGCAGAGCAGCAUUGUUCCAGAGUCCCCGUCAACUAAAGUGCUUUUUCACUGCCUAAAGAUUAUAUGUGUAUGUUUAAAGCACACUCUCUGUCUUUGGAAAGGUUUGUCUUUUCACUUUGGGGAAUCUGACAUGUUUGACAAUGUCAACUUUUAGUGGUUUGUCAUCAUCACCUCUGCAUAAAAAAAACCCAAACUGUUUCAAGUUUUUUUUUUCACAUCAGUGAAAGCCGCCAGUAUUGUACAUCUCAGUGUACAGUAGAGACAAAGGAAGACGAGAGAGAAAGGUCUUGUGCCAAACUUUGACACACAGUGGACCAGUCCAAGAGGACUUUAAAAGGAAAUUUUUGUCGACGUUUACAGACGACGUAGACUGGCCGACUCACUCUGCUGUUUGUAACUUUUAUUUUCUUGUGUUUUUGAUCAGGUGAAGCUGUACUUAUUGCUGGGAAUCAUGGGUAAUGUCUCUCUCCCGUAGAUGUACAGACCUGCCUCUCCGUGUUGGCUGAGCACAUGUGGGUGUGUAUGCGGAUGUGUGUGUGGGCGGGGGGGUUGACGUGUGUGCGCACGCGUGUGUUUGUGUACAUGUGCAUGUAUGUGACAGAAUGUGUGGCCUGUGUGUACACGUAAACUUGAGCGAGCGUAUCUAUGCAUGCAUGUGUGUAGUAGUGUGCGUAUGCCUCUGUUGCGUGUAUGUGUCUGAGCGUUCCUGUACAAAUCAAUGUCCAAACAAGGCAUUCCUACCGACAGUUUGUCCAGUUUUACAACAUGAAAAACCAAGGAAAAAAUCACUAGAAGGAAUUGUUGAUAUAGAAUGACAAAUCUAUAAAUAUAUGAAUAUGAAUAUAAAUAUAUAUAUAUAAAUAUAUAUAUAAUUUUUAUGUGCUGAUGUCAGUGUCACUAAAUGCAACAAAUGUUCGCAGAGAAAACAAUUAUGUGGUGUACAACAGGACUCUUGUUCACUUGACCUAAACAUGGAAACUGCUGAUCGGGACCCCCCCACCCCAGUCGAGACAAAAAGAGAAAUCCCACCUGAAGAUGCUCAGGCUCUGGUGCGAGUUGUGUGUUGUGUGUCCAUGCUUCUUAGAUGACCCUGCUGAGAGAGGACCGUACUUGAACACAAGGAAAAAAUAAAGACUCUUUGCAAUCAAACAA